UGUACAUAACAGAACAGCUUUGUACAUAGUUUGGAUCUCAUUUGUAUCGGCGUCUUUCGGAGACCCAUGCAUUGAUUGUCGUUUGACAAACGUGGGUGUCCUCUUAUGUAAAACGUCAUCUGUCGUGAAUGAAACCAUCGCAGCAGCUAGCUUAUCUGGGAAUAGUUCAGGAUCUGUAGUAAUUCCGGAGUCAUUAUGUACAAGUCGCUCAUGAAUGAAACAAUGAACUGCACGGAUGUUCCACCAAUUUUGAAUUGUUCAGAGCAAGGAAUGCACGAACUACAAUUUUCUUUGACAUGGGUUAUUACGUUAUCAUGUCUUUACGCCGCGACAACAAUUUUCUCGGUUUUUGGAAAUGUAAUGGUCAUUUUAGUUUUCUUCAAAGGUAGACAAUCUAAAACAGACCUACGGCCUUACCUCGUGAAUUUGGCGGUUGCAGAUUUGAUAAUGGCAGUGUUUUGCAUGCCUUUCACAUUUGGUGAUGUAGUCUUUAGGUCCUGGAUAUUUUCUGACCCCAUGUGCCCAAUUGUCAUUUUCAUGCAAACUUUAUCUGUGUCUGCUAGUGUCUUUAUAAAUGUUGCAAUCGGGAUUGACCGACUUUUAGUUGUGCUGUACCCAUUAAAAUGCAAGCGGUCAAAAUCUCGGACUAAACUGGUUCUUCUGUUCAUCUGGCUUAUGUCUCUUAUUUUGGCAUGCAUGGUGGCCCCGGUUGGAAAGGUAAAACUCGACGGAGAAAGAUACCAGUGCCAAGAGGUUUGGCCGAGCAGCCGACAUAACCAAAUCUUUACCAUUUUGAUAUUUGUCUUGACCUAUGCUUUACCUCUGCUGGUUCUGAUCAUAUCCUACUCCAUUGUCGGCAUAUUUCUAUGGAGGAGGACAUCGCCCGGCAACAGGGAUCACGUGCGAGACCUUAUGCAGCUACGGGCAAAAGUAAAGGUUGUUAAGAUGCUCAUCGUUGUCGUUGCUAUGUUUGGGGUCUGCUGGAUGCCACUUCAUAUCUUAAAUGUGAUAUUGAACUUCCGGACCGAAACAUCUAGCCGAGCAGACGACACCAUUGCCGCCAUUUACAUAUCAGCACACUGGUUAGCCAUGGCCAACAGUUUUGCCAAUCCAAUCAUAUACAGCUUUACAAACUCCAUAUUUCGGGAGUAUGGCACGUCUGCUCGCAUCCAUUGUUUCGUUUUGCUUGAUGAUCACCGACCUUCCAUGGCUAUAACAAAUUGGCUGAGUGAAGCAUCAUCGUUUCCGGUUCCUGAAGAACAAGCUAUCUGCCUGCUUCAAAGAAUUUUUGUAUGUAUCGCUUUGUGCGUCGUUCGAAUGUUGAUGAAGGAUCUGAGGGAAUCCUUUAGAUACAGCAAACGCACAGUUCAAUACCCAAGAGACUACAGGUUCUAAAAAUGCAAAGCAAACUAAGCUGCCGUAUCCAAAAUAUUCGUCGUCUUUUUUUAAAGAUUUCCAUUAUAAUUAUUGAGUUCAAUAAAACGGUUUGAAGAAAUGAUCCAGGAUGUUUACUUUGUUUUAUUCGGAGUGGCUGGUAAACAACUAGUUCUUGGUUCGUUUAUAAAACCCAAUUAGUCACCACAAUACGCUUGAUUUCAAAUGAAUACAUGAUGCUUUUAUUUGAGUACUUCAAGUAUAAAAAAAAAACUUCUUCGGGCGUUUUACAACAAAUUCAAUUCAUCCAAUCAAUUCAAGGAAAAUUUGACCUUUGAUCAAUA